AGUAACUCGACAUGUGGCUGUUCAAGUACCUGUUAUACGGAUUUGUGCUGCUUUGUGUGCAUGCAGAGCAAGAUGUUCAGUUGGAGAUACCUCAAGGGAUCCUUAAAGGGUUGAAGACCGAGACUGUCUACAAUAAUAAGGGUUACUACAGCUUCAAAGGGAUACCUUACGCGAAACCAAAUGUCGGACCCCACAAGUUUCGCAUAUCAGAGCCAGCUAAUCCUUGGGAAGGCGUGUACGAUGCAACAAAGCAUCGUUCCGCUUGUCCAUUCUACUGUAUGAUCAAGAAGGGUCUUGUAGGUGAAGAGGAUUGUCUUUAUCUGAACGUGUACACUCCAGUUUUGGAUAAAGAGGCCAACAAAGCGGUUAUGGUGUGGUUCCACCCUGGCGCAUGGAACAGUGGCACAGCUGAUGAUAUUCUCUUUGGUCCUGACUUUUUGGUCGAGGAGGAUGUCAUCUUGGUUACUGUUAAUUACAGACUUGGCGCCCUUGGAUAUUUGAAUACGGGAGAUAAAAAUGCUCCUGGGAACGCCGGCAUGAAGGACCAGGUGAUGGCGUUGAAAUGGGUGAAAGAUAACAUACAUUUCUUCGGGGGCUCUUCGAAUAGAGUCACCAUCUUUGGCCAGAGUUCUGGAGGAGCGUCUGUUCAGUAUCACAUGUUCUCUCCUAUGUCCGAAGGGUUAUUCAACGCUGCCAUUGAUCAAAGUGGAUCGAUGCUCGGUCAAUACGCACUGCAAAAAAACCCAAGGGAACUCGCUUUUAAAUUAGGGGAGGCUCUAGGAAUAAAAACUACAGAUUCCGCGGAGUUGGUGCAGAAACUCUCCGAGUUUGAUGUGAAAGACAUCAUUGCAGGCAGUGACGAAGUGACUAAGUCUCUGAAUCCUUUGAAUGGGCAUCUAGCUGCGUUCGUUCCUUCGGUCGAGAAUGAUUUAGGCCAAGACAUGUUCCUGACAACGGAUACUUGGUCCUUAAUAAAGACCGGUAGAGCUGCCGACGUGCCAUUUAUGACAGGAUUGGUCGCUGAUGAAGGUUCACUGUUUGUGCAGGGGAUGUUGAACAAUAUCGAGGUACUGAACACCGAACCAGAAUUGUUCCUACCAGACGAUUUGAACAUUACCGAUCCAGAAAUGUUUAAAAAGAAUGGACAAUGUCUGAAGAUGCACUAUUUUGGAGAGAAGGACGUUACCAAGGAGGACAUGAACGAGUACGUUAAGAUGAUAGGCGAUACCUUCAUCAACGCCCAAGCAUUGAUACCAUUGGAAUAUAUCAAAAGUAAAAAUUCAGCUCCAAUCUACUCAUAUCUGUUCACUUAUGAAGCGCCAUUUGGAUAUAUGAAAACUUUAUACGGCAUGACCGACAGUGUUGCGCAUGGCGAUGAAUUAGGUUACCUGUUUUAUGGUGGUGCCUUCAAGAACUUACCAGAACCAGGCACCUCCGGGGAGAAGAUGACGAAAAUUAUGACUAAAUUGUGGACAAACUUCGCCAAAGACAAAAACCCAACUUCUACCUUGGACGACGUCGUUACUGUGAAUUGGGAACCCAUAGGGGCAGACAAUAAUUACCUGAAUAUUAAUGAAGAAUUGAAAAUGGAGAAGAAUCUGAUGCAAGAGACGGUAGAUUUUUGGAAAAAGAAGUACGGUAAUGUUAUUGGAAACACAUUGUAAUAUUACAGAAAGUUUUAAGCGAUUAUUGUU